GGGGAGGAAGGACCUGCGGAAGCCGCCGCCGUCCCGGGGCCAUGGACUCGGACGCCAGCCUGGUGUCCAGCCGCCCGUCUUCGCCCGAGCCGGAUGACCUUUUCCUGACGGCCCGGGGCAAGGGCAGCGGCGGCGGCUUCACCGGGGGCACCGUGUCCUCGUCCACGCCGAGCGACUGCCCGCCGGAGCUGAGCUCGGAGCUGCGCGGCGCCCUGGGCGCGGCGGGCGCGCACCCGGGGGACAAGCUGGGCGGCGGCGGCUUCAGGUCCUCGUCCAGCGCGGCGGCGGCGGCCGCGUCGUCCACGAAGAAGGACAAGAAGCAGCUGACGGAGCCCGAGCUGCAGCAGCUGCGCCUCAAGAUCAACAGCCGCGAGCGCAAGCGCAUGCACGACCUCAACAUCGCCAUGGACGGGCUGCGCGAGGUCAUGCCCUACGCGCACGGCCCGUCGGUGCGCAAGCUCUCCAAGAUCGCCACGCUGCUGCUGGCGCGCAACUACAUCCUCAUGCUCACCAACUCGCUGGAGGAGAUGAAGCGGCUGGUGAGCGAGAUCUACGGCGGCCACCACGCCGGCUUCCACCCGGCCCCCUGCGGCGGCCUCGCGCACUCCGCGCCCCUGCCCGCCGCCGCCGCGCACCCCGCCGCCGCGCACCACCCCGCGGUGCACCACCCCAUCCUGCCGCCCGCCGCCGCCGCCGCCGCCGCCGCUGCCGCCGCCGCGGUGUCCAGCGCCUCCCUGCCCGGCUCCGGGCUGUCGUCGGUCGGCUCCAUCCGGCCCCCGCACGGCCUGCUCAAGUCUCCGGCGGCGGCGGCCCCGCUGGGGGGCGGGGGCGGCGGCGGCGGCGGGGGCUUCCAGCACUGGGGCGGCGUGCCCUGCCCCUGCAGCAUGUGCCAGGUGCCCCCGCACCCCCACGUGGCGGCCAUGGGCGCCGGCAGCCUGCCGCGCCUCACCUCCGACGCCAAGUAGCCGGCGCGUCGGCUCGUUCUGACCAGCGGGGAGCGGAGGCCGCGGGGAAGCGAGGACUGGCGGCGCUGGGGCCUGUGGCCGGGUUGGGGUCAGGGGUGCGAGGCCAGCCGCCCUGGGGCGCACUGAACUUGGGGAGUGAGAGGGGCGUGCGCCCCGGGACCUGGCCGGCCCGCUCCGGCUUUAGCGCGGGCCGUGGACACACUUUCUAAGAGGGCAUUGCUGUGGGCACAGCUCCCCAAACACCCCUUCUGCCCCCGGAGAGGGGGUUCUCAGAACUGGGUUUCCGGGGACCAGGCCUCACCCGCUCUGGCUGCACUUCGUUACUUGGGGGUGGAGGGGGAGGCGUUGGGGACUCCUUCUCCUUCGCCCAGUUUCUGGGCGGGUGGGGCCCCCGGGAAGGGGCCCCGGGGAGCGGCCGGGAGGCCCGGGCCAGGAGGUGGUGGACGCUGGCGGUCGGUACCAGAAGCGCCGUGGUCGCGUCCAGUCGCGGUUUCGGAUCGGGUCAGCCCACGCCCCGUGAGAACCGCGCGUCCUCCCUGCGGCUCCGGGCGCCCGCGCCCCCCCUUUCCAGCAGCAGCAACGCGCUCCCGGGCGCUCAGCGCAGGGCGGUCAGCGCAGGGCCCGCGGACGGAACGGCCCUCGCUGUCCACUCGGGCGGCGGUGGCUUUUUCGUUGUUUUAAGAGUCCGCCGCCCACCCCACUCGGUCUCUGAGCGCCCCGCGGCCAGGCCCCUCACCCGAUGGGGCGGACCUGGUACCGAGGGCUGGGCGGGACUCCCAGGCUGUUGCUGUGAAUCUGGUUUGGGGUGUGGGGGUCCCGGCGGCUUGCUUUUCCUCCCUUGAUGUGUAAAUAUCUCAGUGACAGGUCAUGCGUGCUGUGGAACUGUAUGCUCACGUGGCUGCCCGCCCCCCGCGUCUGAGCCGGGCUCCCGUAUCCGUGUCUUUUGCCACUUUUAACACAAAUGACAAACCCUCGCUGCUUCCUGCG